AUGGACAGGAAUUUCGACGAAACAUUCGACGAAGACGACUCUCUCUUCUCGGUAUCCGGCCCCUCAAACAAUCCCCGUCCCCUGUACAGCACUCCGCCUGCUCCUGCGGGACACGGAUCGCGAUAUGCCCAACACCUCACCCCUCCGGGCCCAGGUGUCUUUAUAUCGGGACGGUAUCCACCUGUUCUAUCUUCUCCGAUAGUCGAAGGCGACUCGUCUAUGGCGUACUACCCCAACACCAGUGGUCUGCAACCGGGCAUUGACCGCUCUUGGGCGCGCAACCACGGCUCCACCGGCCAAGAUGAAGAGGAUGAGGACGAAGAAGAGCCCUCGACCGCGAUGACUGGGAUAGCCGCAGCAGGGGACGAAACGUUUGAUGAAGAAGAGGCCGGGGAUGACGAAGCAGGCUCUGAUGGGUCUUCUGAGCAGUAUGACCCUGAGGGAGAUCCAGAGACGUUUGCAAAAAGACUGGAUGAGCUGGCGGGAGUGCUGGAGAGAGGCGAGGUCGAGGCAGGGGAGCUCAAGUGGGGGCCUGUCAUCACGAGGGGCGCUGGUAAAAUGUCCAAGACAUCCAACAGCGAUCUCAAGGCUGUCAUCAACCAUCAUCUGUCUACCACGGCUUGGCAAUAUUCCUCCUCUGCCCUCACACCGUUCCCCGACCCCAACCAUUUUGACACUUUCGAUUCACUCACGGCCCACGUUGAUUUCGUCGGAGCGCACCCGAUCAGGGUACUGGGGCAGAACUGGAGUGACAGGGAUGUGCUCUUUGAGAUGGGCUUAUUAGGGCUGGACGCAGGAGGCGGUGGCUCGAGUGCGCCAGAGAGGUCUCCGUGA